AUGGUGCUCGCGGCCCCGCUGCUGCUGGGCUUCCUGCUCCUCGCCCUGGAGCUGCGGCCCCGGGGGGAGGCGGCCGAGAGCCCCGCGGCGGCGGCGGCGGCGGGGGCCGGGGGGGAGCGCUCGGGCCAGCCGGCCGCGUCCGCAGCGCCCGAGCCCGACGGCUGCCCCGUGUGCGUGUGGCGGCAGCACAGCCGCGAGCUGCGCCUGGAGAGCAUCAAGUCGCAGAUCCUGAGCAAACUGCGGCUCAAGGAGGCGCCCAACAUCAGCCGCGAGGUGGUGAAACAGCUGCUGCCCAAGGCGCCGCCGCUGCAGCAGAUCCUGGACCUGCACGACUUCCAGGGCGACGCGCUGCAGCCCGAGGACUUCCUGGAGGAGGACGAGUACCACGCCACCACCGAGACCGUCAUUAGCAUGGCCCAGGAGACGGACCCCGCAGUGCAGACAGAUGGCAGCCCUCUCUGCUGCCAUUUCCACUUCAGCCCCAAGGUGAUGUUCACAAAGGUACUGAAGGCACAGCUCUGGGUGUACCUACGGCCCGUGCCCCGCCCAGCGACGGUCUACCUGCAGAUCUUGCGACUGAAACCCCUAACUGGGGAAGGAGCUGCUGGGGUUGGGGGCGGAGGCCGGCGUCACAUCCGCAUCCGCUCACUCAAGAUAGAGCUGCACUCGCGCUCCGGCCACUGGCAGAGCAUUGACUUCAAGCAAGUGCUGCAUAGCUGGUUCCGCCAGCCUCAGAGCAACUGGGGCAUCGAGAUCAACGCCUUUGAUCCCAGUGGCACAGACCUGGCAGUCACCUCCCUGGGGCCAGGAGCUGAGGGGCUGCACCCAUUCAUGGAGCUCCGAGUCCUGGAGAACACAAAGCGGUCCCGACGGAACCUGGGCCUGGACUGCGACGAGCACUCGAGUGAGUCGCGCUGCUGUCGCUACCCCCUCACUGUGGACUUUGAGGCUUUUGGCUGGGACUGGAUCAUUGCGCCUAAACGCUACAAGGCCAACUACUGCUCCGGCCAGUGCGAAUAUAUGUUCAUGCAAAAGUAUCCACACACCCACCUGGUGCAACAGGCUAAUCCGAGAGGCUCUGCUGGGCCCUGUUGCACCCCCACCAAGAUGUCCCCAAUCAACAUGCUCUACUUCAAUGACAAGCAGCAGAUCAUCUAUGGCAAGAUCCCGGGCAUGGUGGUGGAUCGCUGUGGCUGCUCCUAAGGGGGACAGAGGAUUUCCCCCCCACAGACCUUACCCCUGGACUCCCAGCCCUGACCCCCACUCCCCCAGGCCCCAGAGCUCCCUCUACCUCUUCCUGUGAACAUCACACCUUGUUCCCUGCCCAGUGUGCAAUACAACAGAGGGAGGCAGGUGGCACCGAGGGGUGGGGUCUGGGAAAAUGGGGGAGAGAAAGGGGCAUGGCCAGGUGGGGAGCAUUUUGAGGUUGCAGGUGAGAACGUUUGGCAAGAAGACAGAGAGAGAUGUAGAGACAGAGCAGAGGGAUAGAGACAAAGGAACAAAAAAAGCAGCAGUGAGAAGGCAAAGAAUAGAGAGGCAGAAGACAGAGACUAGGCAGAGACAAUGAGAGAGACUGAAAUGAAGCAAUGCAAGAGCCCCACACCAAGCCUCCUUUUUCCAAUGGCAAGGUGAGGGGCUUGGCAUGGUUUGGGUAGGAGGAAAUCAAUACUCACUCUUAAGCUUCUCCCUCUCUCUCUCCAGCACUGGCAGGAGAAGGGAAGUGAGGACAGGGGCAAAGGUGAGGCUUUUGGAGUUUUAUUUAUUUAUUUAUUGUGACUUUUCAUGUUUUGGUAUUUGGCUUUACUGAACUAGAAAAGGGACCCUGCCCACUGUGCCCCAUUACUCCCUUAUUCCCUAAAUCCUUGUUCUCCCACAGUACCCGCCUACUUAAGCACUUGUAUAAAGCCUCCAGGGUUGGGAAUGGGAGUAGAAGGCAAGAGGGCCAACAUAUGGUAGUUUCCAACCCAUAAUCACCCUACUUAAAACCUUCCUGAGCCAAACAGGUUAAACUGAAUUCCAAUGGUCACAAAAACAGUUAAGAGGUGAGGGUGGGGUAGGGAGAACCCUGAUAUCCAGGAUCUGCACCUCACUACACUAAGCUUCAGAUCCACCCCCUCAGAGUAUUGAGGUGUUCAGCUAGAGGGUGUAGCCUGCCUGCACCUAACCCCAGGCCAGGAGAGACCAAAGAGCCGGCUCCAGCCUCCAUCUUCAGGUCAAUAUGAAGAACACAGAGAUCCCAGAGUCCCAAGUCCACAAGA